AUGACCGGAAAACUGUAUGGAAACAAAGACAACUUCAGAACCCAAAAGGUUCUGAUCGCUGCCAAGCUUGGUAACAAGACUGUCACUCUUGCCGGAGACGCCGCUCCAGCUGACAAGUUCCCACUCGGAGUUACACCAGCCUUCGAAGGUGAUGCUCUUCUCUUCGGAGCUGAGUCUAUUGGACUUCACCUGACUGGAACUUCCGCCAACGCCGAAACUGUUCAAUGGCUCCAAUUCGCCGAGGGUUAUCUUCUCCCAGCUGUUCUUGGAUACGUUCUCCCAUCCGUGUCAGCCGCUAACUUCGAUAAGAAAACUGUUGAGCAAUACAAGAAUGAACUCAACGGACAACUCCAAGUCCUCGACCGCGUUCUCGUCAAGAAGACCUACUUGGUCGGAGAGCGUCUCUCUCUUGCCGAUGUCUCGGUUGCUCUUGAUCUCCUUCCAGCGUUCCAAUACGUUCUCGAUGCCUCCGCUAGAAAGUCGAUCGUCAACGUCACUCGUUGGUUCAGAACCGUUGUCAGCCAGCCAGCCGUUAAGGAGGUUCUUGGAGAUGUUGCCCUUGCCACCUCAGUUGCUCAAUUCAAUCAAGCCAAGUUCAACGAACUCAGCGCUAAGGUUGCCAAGUCGGCUCCAAAGGCUGAAAAGCCGAAGAAGGAGGCUAAGCGAGCCGCCGCUCCAGCUCCAGCUGAUGACGACGAACCAAAGGAGGAGAAAUCUAAGGAUCCAUUCGCUGACAUGCCAAAGGGAACCUUCGUUUUGGAUAACUUCAAGAGGUCGUACUCCAACGAAGACACUGCCACCAAGGCCAUCCCACACUUUUGGGAGAACUUCGAUGCCGAUACCUGGUCGAUCUGGAAGUGUGAAUACAAGUAUCCAGAGGAUCUCACUCUUGCUUUCAUGAGCUGCAAUCUCAUCAAUGGAAUGUACCAGAGACUCGAGAAGCUCAAGAAGAACGCCUUCGCAUCCAUGAUCUUGUUCGGAACUGAUAACAACUCAACCAUUUCCGGAAUCUGGGUGUGGAAGGGAGACAAGCUCGCUUUCGAACUCAGCCCAGACUGGCAGGUUGACUACGAAUCUUACACCUGGACUAAGCUCGACCCUAAGUCCGAGGCCACCAAGAAGGAGGUCAACGAGUACCUCAUGUGGGAGGGAGACUUCGGAGGAAAGAAAUUCAAUCAAGGAAAGAUCUUCAAAUAA